AAAAAAAAAGAGAGUCCCUUCCAGCUGUCGGGAGCAUCACUGACAAGCUGGUCGGUUAACAGUGAGCCCUCCCGCGAAAAACGUCCACUGCAUGUCCAUGUGGCCACUGAUCGGCGUGACAGAUCACCGCCUCUGAAGCAGCCCCCCUCGGGUUCAGGGUUUGCCCCUCCUGCCCCAGCACCAAUCUGAGAUGGGUAAAAGAAGGGGGCGGGAAGGUUAGUUUGAAGAGGGCAGAGCUUUUGCGAAGAGGACGCCGAUUUCCCCUAUUAUUUCACCGCUGGAGAAAGCAAAAGAAAAAAAAGAAAAAGAAGGGAAAAAGAUCCAGUGGACAAUAACAGCUGAGGGAGAAAUCAGUCGGACCAAACAUCAGAACCUCAUUAACUCCAAGGAAACCCAGCCGGGAGCGAGAAGAAACAGCAGGAACACCAAGCCUUACUGCUGCUGUCAUGGUGAGCGCCCAUCAUUUCCCCGUUUAAGUGCCGCAGAGGAGUGAGAUUAAUCACAGACGCUCCGUUCUCGAAGGACUCUGUUGUUUAAACUGAUAUGGCUGCUGCACUUUGGACGCCUAAAUCACUGGACUUGGGCUUGUGGAUCCUCUUCCUGCUCCUCAACAUCCUUCCUCUAGCCAGGGCAGUAGUUGGACACAGAGAGCCACUGCCUGAUGACAGUAAAGACAAUAUCACCAUUUUCACCCGAAUCUUAGACAGGCUGUUGGAUGGAUAUGACAACAGGCUACGUCCUGGGCUGGGAGAGAGUGUGACAGAAGUGAGGACAAACAUCUAUGUGACAAGUUUUGGGCCAGUGUCAGACACAGACAUGGAGUACACUAUCGAUGUCUUCUUCCGUCAGAGUUGGAGGGACGAAAGGUUGAAGUUUGAUGGCCCCAUGCAAGUUUUACCCCUUAACAACCUCCUGGCUAGUAAGAUCUGGACUCCUGACACCUUUUUCCACAACGGAAAGAAAUCUGUGGCCCACAACAUGACGACUCCAAACAAACUGCUACGGCUAGUCGACAAUGGCACACUUCUCUACACAAUGAGGUUGACCAUUCAUGCCGAGUGCCCCAUGCACCUGGAGGAUUUCCCAAUGGACGCGCACGCCUGUCCUCUGAAGUUUGGAAGUUAUGCUUACACCAAUAACGAGGUGAUCUACCUGUGGACCCAGGAGGACGAGAAGUCUGUCUCCGUGGCGGAGGACGGCUCCAGGCUGAACCAGUAUGACUUACUGGGACACGUUAUUGGCAAAGAAACCAUCAGUUCCAGCACAGGAGAAUAUGUAGUGAUGACAACAUAUUUCCAUUUGAAAAGGAAAAUUGGCUAUUUUGUGAUUCAAACCUACCUUCCGUGCAUCAUGACUGUCAUACUGUCUCAGGUCUCCUUCUGGCUAAACAGAGAAUCGGUUCCUGCGCGCACUGUGUUUGGGGUCACCACUGUCCUAACCAUGACCACCCUGAGCAUCAGUGCUAGAAACUCCCUCCCUAAGGUGGCCUAUGCCACUGCCAUGGACUGGUUCAUGGCUGUGUGCUAUGCCUUUGUCUUCUCUGCCUUGAUUGAGUUUGCCACAGUCAACUACUUCACCAAGCGCAGCUGGGCAUGGGAUGGGAAAAAAGAGGGCAUGGAAAUAAGGGAACCGUUUCAGGCUAACAUGGCCAGGAUUAAAGAUAUGAGAAGAGAAUCUGCGACUUUGUCCAAAAAGGCAAACAACACCUUCAACAUUGUUGGAACUACGUAUUCCAUCAACGUAGCUAAAGACCAAGGUUUAACAACCAUUUCCAAGAGCGCCCCUGGAGCAUCAGCCAAACACUCCUAUCUGCAUAAAAUGGAUGACCCCUACACAGAGGCCAAGAAAUCCUACAACCGUGUCAGCAAAGUGGACAAGAUAUCGCGCAUCAUUUUUCCAGUUCUGUUCUUCAUCUUCAACUUAGGCUAUUGGGCCACGUAUGUCAACAGAAAGCCCGCUAUCAUGAAGGCAAACAACCUAAACUGAAUUUGACCAAAUGCUAGGCUUGAUCUGGUUUUGUUUGGAAGGUAGACAGCUUCGCAGGAGGCCAAGUCCGUCACAUCUUAUUGUGUGUAUGUGUGUGCGCGCAUGUUUUGUGUGUCUGUUUUUUCUUAAGCGUUUGAUAUUUUGCACGUCUGUAUAGAUGGAAGGCAAAUUUAAACAUACAGUAGAUUCACAUAUAGUAUUGGACCUCGGAGGAAGCACAUUCUCACAUCAGUGUGUUUGUGUAGCAUUUCUUUUCUCCCCUCCACACUUAGCUCUGGCCCUGUUCCUUGUUGCGAGUAACUGUUUCUUUGCUGUAUCUUGAUUGCUUGCCGUUUCGUAGAGUAGUCAGAUUGUGUUUCCACCAUGUUUUGACAUGUUUGCGCUUUGCUUAUAAUAAGUUAGAGCAAGCAUGCAUUCAAAGUUUUCAUUCUAGCACAUUACCAAUGAUAAGACUUUGACACCAUGCAUGCACACACAGACACACAGCGAUGCAUCAGAAAAUGCCAGCAGAGCCGUUGGCUGGUCGCUUUACUGUGCUCUGAUAGCUGGUGGAGGCCUGUAUAGUUCCAUAGGAACAUCAUUAAUAAUCGUCAGUGUCUGGCCUUCAGCUCGCGCUGAAUCGCAACAGUCCCAAUGCAGUAUCAUCUGGAAUUGCUUUAGUGUCUCACGGGACUGCCUGUACAUUUUCUAGUCCAGUAGCUCUUAUUGUUUUAACUGGCUGAGUAUGUUCAAUGACAGAAGCUAUGUGCCUUGGUAAAUACACACAUCAUAAACAAAAAGGCUUUGACAUGCUUACACUUGCAUUUACAACACACGUAUGCACUAAGGUCUAUGUGUAUGUUACAUGCCAACAUUUACUGGUGUCACUGCAGUAUACGGCUGUGCCCCACCGACCAUCAGCCCAUGGGCAUGGUCACCAAGAGUAAAAUUGCCCAUUAGUGUGGAAGGUUAGCAGACCUCUGCCUGUAAAAAGAGGAAGCAAAGAGAUUAAAGGAUCUAAUGUAGUCCAUAAUAAUUAUGUGCAUUUACGUUUUGACUCCUGGUGCGGUAUCUCCGUGAGCUGAGCAGUCAUGACAAAGUACCACCAUUACCUCAGACUGAAGUCGAAUUCUGGAUUGCAGUUUCUUGUAUGUUUUCUUUGGAAUUGCAGCACUAGAUAUAUUGCAUAUUAAAUCAUAGCAGACAGUCUUUAUGUUUAUAAGGCAUACUGUGGGAGGCUCCUGGAGCCUUUACCUCCUCGUUUUCUUUGCAUCGGUCACUGUAGUCAUUUAGUUUCAUUAGUUUUUCUGCAUUUCUGCCUCGUUGUCAGCAAGAUUUUGUGCCAUGCUGUACACCUUCCCCUUUUAUAUUUUGUUGUGUAAAGUAUGUUGUUGUUGAUUUGAUUGUCUACAUAUGCUGUACUGUUUUAGUGUUUUGUUGUAGACAACAAAGGCAAAUACGUCACAAUCACACAGUAUUUCUAAACAAAUUUCAGAGACACUAUAGUUAAUGGAGAAGAAAAUACUGCAAAAUUCUGUCAAACCGAUAAUAAAAAAAAAAAAAAAAAAAAAAGAUUGCCCGAUUUCUCCAACAAUCAAUUAGAUCAGCUAAAUUGCUAUGAGAAAUUCCUGGUCAACACAAAGUGAUGAUCUGUGUUGCACAUCAGGUUUGUCUCCAGUUGCACUAAGUGUCUCCAACUUUUGUUUCCAUCUGUUAAGUGACAUCUGUAUUUUGGGGUGACUUUCUGUACUUAUGUGUUGAAUUCAGUCUGUGUUUAUACAGAUGUUUUGUAAUUCCAAAUCUUUUUCUGCUGCUUUUUUGGCCAAACACACUGGAUCCCCCCCCCCCCAUUAUCUUAAAUAUAGACUCUCUGAUGACCACUGUACUUGAGAACCCACAAUGCAGUCAAUCUCCUCAAACUGCAUCUACAGCAGUAAGCCUAGGAGAAGGAGUGAACUGUAUUGUGGCCUCUGUAAAAGGUUUGUUAAUUACACAAACCAUGUACAACGUAAUAGUCAUAAGUUUAUGCAUGACAAUCUGUACAUGUCUAUGUCUGCAACCUUCAGUGGUGUUCGACACUCUGACAUAGGGUUUAGUAUCAGUGUUUCUAUAGUUCAUCCCAGUCAUAGCCUCAGCAGCAUCUGUAUAAACACACUUCAACUCAAAUGAUUUGAGCAUAUUGAUGUGACGCUUGUAUUUUACAGCUGGCAGAGCUCUGAAAGUGUUCCCUCAUUUGGUGUAACACAGAUUCCACGUUUCACUCAGUAUCCACGUACACUUGGCUAGCACAACAUCCAUUUCAGUUAACAUAAAAACACAAAGUGAGGAAAGGGGAGGCAGUUUUCAUACAUCUAUGGAGAUGCAUGACCACAACUAUAAAUAUUAUUUUAGUUCUGACCAUGGAGACCGAUGAAGUUUACUCUCCAUCUCGUGCACGUGGACUUAGUAGACAAACUGCUUCCAUUUUCAACACAAAUGGAGCAGAAUGAGCAUCUCCUGGAAAGUCAUUUUCUGUUUGACACUAACAACAAAUGGACUGGCAUAUUAAAGUAUGACAUUAUAAACUCUCCGAUAUAAUUGUGAGGAACUUAAAUUAGCCAAUCAAAUUUUUACAGACAAAUGACAUUUAUAAUUACAAACCCAGUGAACCAGAUCCCUGUUUAUUAGCAAUAUUUAUUACCUCCACAUAUUUCUGAACACCGCAGGCAAAUAACCAACAUCCUGCUGCAGAUAGUAUGGAUUUUUGAAUCAAAUAUAUUUCAUAAAGUGAUGUACUGUUCCUGUGAAGCACCCUGUCCCUUUUUCAGACUCAAUUUUUAUCAUUUUGUCUCAAACAGACCUAUUUAUCAUACACAUCUGCUGAAGGUGUAUUAGGCCUGCUGGCUGCAGCUAAUUCGGGAUCUGAUGACACACAGCACUAAUGUUUAUGUAUGAUUCCUCUGAGUAAUGCGAUAGAGGGAGUGCAGGUAAAUAGAUCUGAGCAGCAGUCACUGAAUAUUUCAAAUGCAUUUGUAAAAUAACUUGCAUUUAAGACAGUUUUUCUUCUAAGUGACACAACUGUCUUGGUUAUAAAUAUUACUAAAAUGCCCACAGGCUCCUGUCAUGUCAGUAUUUUGUAUAAUGUGGUAACCAAAGAUGAAUUCACACAGUAGCCUCAUGGGUAUUCUGUAGUGAAAACAGAUGUAAUUCAGCCUCAUUAACAAUGCAAAAGUUGUUUUGUGAGCCUGUUAAAAAAAGUGAAAAAAAAUCUCUCUAUAUAUAUAUAUUUGUGAAUGUUUGUUAAAUUCUGUAUCUUAAAUUGUCCAAUUAGCCAUAUUAGGAUAACAAAUGUUCCUCACAGAAGCCAUGAAUACAAACAAAAUAUUUAUAGAAAAGCAAAAAAAAAAAAAAAAAAAAAACCUUCUUUGGGGCAGUGAGUUUUGUCAGCAUCUUUCCAUCUCAAGUGGUUCAUCAGAAGUUUUAUUUAGAUGUUGGCGUAUUCCACUAGAGAUGCGACACUUGAAUAUUUCAUGGAUUUCUUCCUUUAUUCUGUAUGGUAAUAGUCCUGUCUGUGCAUUGGACGACACAUGUACCAACUGGAAGAAAUUGUUAAAAUUAGCCGUACCUUAUGCAGGAUUAUCAUUUUUGUUCACACAUCUUGAAAGUCUGUGCUUAGCCAUUAAGAGAAAACACUUCCAGAGCUACAAAGCCAAAACCUCUGCAGCUGAAGUACAGUAAAAUCACUGUCAUUCAAACAGCUCACACUAAUAACUCAAUGGCCAUGGCAAACAAAACAUGCAUUGGUGCAAAAAUAAUAGAUGACUGAUUGAUGGAGUUGUAGUAAAACGGUUCUUUGAAGAGUAUACAUGGACACCUGCCAUAUUAGGACAAAGGUUUCUGGGAAUUCAGAUAUUUUUUAACAUUCCUGAGGGGUUUUGAUAAACAGGACUCUACUGUGUUGCCAUUUAGGUUUGGUUAUGACUGCGUUAUUCAUGUGGUGAGUUUUUUCCUCACAGGGCCAGAGUUAACUUCAGCAGAAACAUGUCAUCCUAUAAAACACAGUAUAUUAAGACUAUUACUAUACUAAUAUAUUUAUGCUAUUCAGUACAGCAUUAAAUAUUCUGUUUUUUACAACAUAACCUCUACAGCAUUGAUGCAAAUCCCCUAAUGCGUAGAAAGCCGUAGGCAAAUAGAUAAACUAAACAAAUUAAUAAACUAAAUGGCAACACUUGUAAUUGCUCAGAUUAGUGUAACUAAGUUGUGAAUUUGUAGAUAUUGUGAAAUCAAUUCCAAUAGUUUUUGUGAAUAUUGAUAUGUCACGUCAUUUAUUUUUACAUUUAAUGAGUACUGCUGUCUUACAUCAAGCUCUGUAACACUACGUGUUAUGGUAUUAUAAAGACGUACAGUAGAGAUUAUAUUCAUCAAGCUAUUUACAGGAUCAGUACCUUGUGUGCACUUUUCAAACCUAACUGUGAAUUAGCAGCUGUCUGCAAGCAGAGUUGUACACACUGUGUUCUCUCUCCAGCAAUUUCACUGCAUGUCCCUACGCAUUGAGAGAUCAAAGACUUCCUCCACAAAGACGGCUCCGGGAACUUUGUGGACUUUGUGUUUUUGUUGGGAAGUGCUCUCUAUAUGCUCAGUGACUGGACUCUGUAUGUUGCCCUCUCUUGUUCAUGUGCUUACUGUAUGACAUGUAGCAAAUGGAAAUGGGGAUUAAAAGGACAAUGUAUUUUG